CUUUAACUUCUCGACGUAACCUUACACGCCCAAUCAGCUGGUUCUUCAAGUUCGUCCAGUGCAGUUAACAGGCAAAACUUUCUCGCAUUUGCCUCCCAAGACAAAUCGAGGUACGGUCAGCGACGGUUAACUUGCGGGUGUUUCCCUUUAUCUUCUCGCUCAGUCCUGGGGAGGGUAGCGCGGGUCAGCCAUGUCUUUGGCUGAUCAAAGUCAACAAUGGUUCCCAACGAGCGCCCAGGUAACGGUGCUCCAGGCCAGAGGACUCAGGAUAAAGGGAAAAAAUGGCACCAACGACGCGUAUGCCAUCAUGCAAGUCGCGAAAGACAAAUUUUCCACCGAGGUGGCCGAGAAGAGUGUGGCGCCAAUGUGGAAGGAGCAGGCCAGCUUCGACCUGCCUCCAGCCCACCAAGGAAACGCCGAGCGCGGCACGUUACGCGUUCACGUGAUGCACCGGGCGCUUGUUGGUCCAGACAAGCCGCUGGGGCAAGCUGUUGUCAAUCUGUUGGAUCUCCAUGAAGUGAAAUCCAGAAACAAGACAGAGUGGUUCAAGCUUGUGGACAAAGGCGGCAAGGCGGACAAGGAGCGAGGGGAGGUGCUGCUGGACAUCCAGUUCAUGAGGAACAACAUGACCGCCAGCAUGUUCGACCUCUCCGGCAUGGACAAGUCCAGGUCCCGCCUGGGGAAGAUCAAGGACAAGCUGCGGGGCAAGAAGAAGGACGGCAGCGGCCUUGACUCGGUCUCGGCCGUCGUGCCGUCGUCGUUCAGCCAGGUGCUGACUGACAGCGAGGAGGAGGUGGAGGAGGAGGAGGAGGAGGAGGGCGUUGAGGGGGCUGUGGGGGCCACCAAGGGGAAGAGCGGCAAGAAGAAACUCAAGCUGAAGUCGUUGUUCUCGCACAAGUCCACCCUGAAGAAGAACAUGUCCCAGUCCAUGUCGUUCCUGGGCCCUCUGCCUGAGAGGAACCAGACGCUGUCUGGCAGCCGGUCCUCUGGACUCAACGUGGAGCCCUCAGAAGGUAAGAAGAAGUUCAAGUUUGGGCUCCACAAGCGUUCCGGAAGCAACGACAGUAAAUCCUCCCAGGCCUCCGCCUCGGUGGCGGACCCGGCCCAGCGCGGCGGUCCCGACGGCCCCAGGCCCGGCGGCCAUGUGUACACGGAGGAGCCCACGGCCCGGCCAGGCUCCCGGGCCAGCUCCACCUUCAGCCUGUCCAGCUCCGGCCGGGGCUCCAUGGAGGACCUCCACCGGGGCUCCGUGGAGGGGUCGUUCAGCUCCUACGAUUCCCUCAGGGUCCCCCGGCCGCAGUCCUCCCCCUGGCUGAGCACCAAGGCAGCCGAGGAGGGAGAGGUGGAGGAGGAGGUGGAUGUGAGUGAAUACGAGCAAAGGAGAGGGAAGCAGGAAGAGGAAAAGGCCAGACAGGAGGAACAGAUAAGGAUAGAGAGGAGGAGAGAAGAGGAGGAGCAGAGGAAACGUCUGGAUGAAGAGAGGAUCAGACGAGAGGAAUUGGAAAAGAGGGAGAUUGAAGAACAACAGCGUAAAUAUCAAAGAGAUGAGGAGGAUAGAAUUAGGAGGGAGAGGGAGGAAGAGGAGCGGUUUAGGAGAGAAGAGGUGAAAAGAAGAGAGGUGGAAGAGGAGAGAGAAAGAAUAAAUAGGAUGGAGGAGGAGGAGGAAAAGUUUAGGAUGAAAGAGGAAAUGGUCAGAAUAGAGAAAGAAAGAGCAGAGAGAGAAGAGAAGGAACGACGGGAAGAGGAACGGACCAGGUUGGAGAAAGAGGAAGAAGAGAAAAUGAAGAGGGAAUGGGAGGAAAAGCAAGAACGGAUUAGAAUAGAGAAAGAGAAGGAAAGGUUAGAAGAGAAAUACGAGAGAGAAAGGGUGAGGUUGGAGAAGGAGGAGGAGGAGGAGGAGGAGAGAAGGGUUAGGGAGGAGGAGGAGAAGAUGACCAUGAUACAGGAAAGAGAAGAGAGACGACUGAGAGAAAAGGAAUUGGAGGAUGAAAGAUUUAGGAUGGAGAAGGAGAGAGAGGAGGAGAGAAGGGUAAGGGAGGAGGAAAGGUUGAGUGAGAUGCAGGAGAGAGAAGAGAGAAAACUGAGAGAAAAGGAACUAGAGGAAGAAAGAUUUAGGAUGAGGGAGGAGGAGGAGAGAAGGGUUAGGGAGGAGGAGGAGAGAAAGGUUAUGGAGGAGGAGGCGAGGAUGAGUGAGAUGCAGGAGAUAAGACUGAGAGAAAGGAGUCUAGACGAAGAAAGAUUUAGGAUGGAGAAGGAGAGAGGGGAGGAGGAGAGAAGGGUAAGGGAGGAGGAGGAGGAGCGGAUGAGUGACAUGCAGGAGAAAGAAGAGAGAAGAGUGAGAGAAAGGGAACUAGUGGAAGAAAGAUUUAGGAUGGAGAAGGAGAGAGAGGAGGAGGAGAGAAGAGUCGAAGAAGAAACGACUAGAAUAGAGAAAGCGAAGAAACGGCAGGAAGAGGAAAGGAUCUUGAUAGAAGGGGAGGAGAGAAGGAGGAGAGAAGUGGCAGAGGAGGAGGAGGAGCAGGAGGUCAAAAGGCAAGAAGAACGGGAAAGAAUGAGGAGGGAGGAGGGUCUUCUUGAGGAAGAAAGGAUCAAGAGGCAAGCACAAGUCAGGCGGGAGGAGGAAGAGCGUGUGCAGGAGCAGCAGAGACGGGAGGACGAGAGGAGAGGGAGUGAAGAAGAGGGAGGCGAGCUAGAGGAAGAGUUCAUGACCAAAGAGACGGUGAGAAACACACCGUUUGGCCCCCCCUCCGCCCACGACCCUUAUCUGGGUCCAAACUCUGCGUUGACUAACAAGAGCCCCGGAGGAAUAGAGUCGGCGCGUCGCAGGGUCCCCGUGCGCUCCGUCCCCCCCUCCGAAGACGACGGCCCCCCAACACCUGAGGGACCCCUCGCCAGUCGGACCGCCGACGUUCCGACCGCCAGGCAAAGUCCUGCAUCGCGACGCCCCCCCUCACCACUUUUCGAGCCGUCCAACCCAUUCUUUGAAGAAUCGGAAUCCGACGAGCAUUUAUCGGGGAAGAAACGCCACGCCCCUCCACCGCCUAGCAACCAAGAACUUCUUCAUGACCAACCAAACAACCUUUCUGUCUCCACCGUCCCUUUUGUUUCCCCUCUGGGGGGAAUCAAGACCGGCCUUCAUCUGGAUGAGGGCUCUGAUGGCGAGAAGGACCGCCCGCGUGCUGCUCGCACAGCUCCUCAACCUCCUAAACGACACGGACCCCGGAUUGAACCGAUUUCUUCCAAAGAAAAAACGGUUCAAACGGUCCAUGCGACUGGAGCCUUUGAGGCGCCACAGCCAUCCAAAAACACCAAAGGUCCAGCUCCGGCUAAACCGAACCCAAACAUAACCAAGGUAUCGGCGCAAGUCCAUGAUGGGAGGCCAGAGCAUGCUCCGAGACCUGCCUUGUCCUUCAAAGAUACCCGGAAGAACUCCAACGUGUCUGGUCCUCACACAGUGACGGAACAAAGACCCAGCACGUAUGGAACAAACCCCUUCGACGAGGAGGAUGAAGACGAGGAGGCCCAGACUCCUCUCGACACCGAUGGUUCUUCAUCCAGAGUUAGAUCGCUGAAGACGGUCCGAGCACCACCGCCCCCAGAGGACAAAGAAAGCAGCCCCGCGAAACCGAGCAGGAACGCGUGUUCAGAAGCCACGGUCUCCUCUAGCGUGAGACCCACGGGCCCGCCCCCAACCGGAGACGCCAGCGAGACCCAAGCCACCGUGCAGCCUCGGAGGGCAGAGGCUGCCGCGGAGCAGGCAGUCAGGUCGGAGACGGGCACCGGGCCUCCUACACCCUCACAAAGAGGCCAUCCAGUAAAGCCUCUCAGAGUGUGGGAGCAGCAGUCUGCCGUCUCGUCCGUCUCGGCCACCCCAGCCUCUAAUACACCGUCGGAGAUCACCCGGGCCGGUCGGAGCGCUGUCGAGGUGAAGGAGGAAGAGGCCAGGGGUCCAUUCUCUCAGCUCACCCGAGGAGAGCUCAUCCUGCUGCUGCAGAAGCUCCAGGGCCAGCUGACGCAGAGGGACCACAAGAUCUCGGAGCUGGAGCAGUACAUAGACAACCUGCUGGUGCGCAUCAUGGAGGAGGAGCCCAGCAUCCUGAUGUCCAUGAACGCUCUGAAGCACUGACUCAAGACAUGUCUGACUCAAGGCGUUGGUGUCUAAACUCGAUGCACGAGGCCAUAUGAUACAGCCGAUGUCUAAUCAUAAUGGCAUGAUACCAUUCAUUUUAUACACUAGAUGUCUAAUCAUGAUGUCGUGAGAGCAUUUGAUACAGUGGAUGUCUGAUCGCCGUACAUGAUACCAUCCGAUACAAUUGUUGUCUAAUCAUGACGACAUACCAUCUGAUGGUUUGUUUAAUUAUGACAUCAUGAUACCACCUGAAACAUUUGAUGUCUGAUCAUGACAUCAUAAAGGCAGCACUCCGAACCAUACAAGGUUGAUUGAGGUUGAGGGUAAACUAUUUCCACCGAUAUGAAGGAGAAAAUCACUUGAAAUCAAGCAAAUGUCUAGAAAUACCAUUGACUCAAUGUAAACCAAAUAUACGCUGUGUAUUAUAAGGGAUUUUUAAAGAUGAUCUAAUAAAUUAGCCUUCAUAAAUAUGCUUUUGAUUGACACUUGAUUAUUUUUGUAUAUCCUGUGGAAUAGGCCCAUAUACCACAUUUUCAAAGAUCCUUAGAAUCCGUUUACUGCUUUUUUGGUGUAAAAAUGUAUAUACGCAAAUAAAGAAAUGCAUUAAAUAACA